AUGUCUCAUCGCGAGGGCCCUGAAGUACCCAGCAAUGCCGUCGCGGGCGUGAAACAGGUCUGGGAGUCAAUGAUGCCAGGAAGGGCCAUCGAUGACGAGGUGGUCGCCACGUGCGUGAAGGACCUGCGCGGCCGCCUGGACGCCUUCAGGAGGGACGAGCCGUCCGCGGAGGGCGACGCGAUCAUGGACUUCCUGGCGGACCUGCUGACGCCGUACUUGAGCUGGCUCCACGGGGCGUCGCCGGAGCUCGAGCGGGCCGCGGCGGCCCAGCAGGCGAGGGCGUGGCUGCCGGCCUUCCAGUGGGUCCUUCGGGGCGCGGGCUGCGGCACCCGGCAGCUGUUCGGCGGCGUGCUGGAGGACGCCGACCAGCUCGAGCGGCUGAUCGCCCAGGUCAAGGCUCGAGCGCCCGUCCUCGCCCUCCGCGUCAGCGACAGGGGCCAGGGCGCCGCGGGGCCCGGCCGGCAGCAGCACCAGCCUUCGCGGAAGGCGCCGCCGAGGCACGGCAGCGGGAGGCGCAGCCGCAGGAGGCCGGGCCCUGCCACGCGCAGGCCACGCUGA